UCCCUUCUGAGAAGGGCCCUACCAACAUCACAGCUAUGCUCUGCUAUUCAUCGCUGCAUCUCUGCUGCUACCAGACUCUUAUUUACUAUUGCUAAUACUGGACAAUUUAAACAUUUGCCAUAUAUUCUACUGAGCCAUUUAUUUUAUGUUCGUAUUCUUAUCUUUUAUUGUUGCGUUGUCGAGAAGGAACCUGAAAGUAAGCGUUUCAUUGGACAGAGUAGUGUAUACAAUGUGUAUCCUUUACAUAAGAGGAAUAAAACUUGAAACUUCUUCCUCCAUUUCUCCAUUCAUUUAUCCCUCCACCUCGCUAUCCCCCCGCCGUCUCUCCUUCAUGCAAACAUGCGGCAGCAUGCAAACAAGGGAGAGAGGAAGCAGCAGCAGAGAUAUGGAUUGAUGUUCCCACACUAAACCCAUUUAUCCAUGUUGCCAUCAGAGAUCUACCUACUCCCCUCCUGACUCCUGGCCUUUGUUGUGUACAGCUACAUGGGGAUGACGUCUGUGGGAAAGACUAGGUGUGUCUGGAUGUAAAGAGGGGACAUUCUGGAUUGUCGAUACAGGACGAGCAACCAUGGUGAAACAGAGAUCCCCAGUGUUCCCUCACACCCCUGUGCAAGUGGUCUCAGCCGGUCUCCAGUGAGGACUCUCCCCCACUACCCCUCUCCGUCCUGCGUAAUGGUUUAACCCACACUAGAUCUGGUCACCAUGAUGAUGGCCUCCAUGGUUGCCAACGGAAACAGGGAUGGCAGACAGGGGGAGGCCCUGGUCCUGAAAGGGGUGGACCCAGAGACCUGCAUGAUCGUGUUCAAGAACCACUGGGCACAGGUGGUAAAGAUCCUGGAGAAGCAUGAUCCUCUCCGCAGCAACACCAGCAGCAACAUGGCUGCCCUUGGUGUCAUCGGCCUCUCCAGCGGCGGCCCCAUGCGUUUCGGCGGGCCCAUCCCGGGGGACGAGGCCAGCGCGGUGCAGAACUACGUGGAACACAUGCUGUUCCUGCUCAUGGAGGAGGACGCCGGCCAGGCGGGAGCCAUGGGACCCAUCCUGGAGUUUGUGGUGAUGGAGAACGUCAUGGAGAGGCUCUUCCUGUGGAGCCUGAGACGACAGUUUACUGAUGAAAUGAAACUGGAGCAGCUCAAGAUGUACGAGAUGAUUGUGGGCCAGGCGCGGCAGCCCUUACUGCACCACAAACCUGUGUUACGACCCUUAAUGAUGCUCCUGUCGUCGUGCUCGGGGACAGCUGGCCCGGAGGUGGAGGCUGAGCUGGUGUCAUUACUCAACCAACUGUGCUGUGUCCUGGCCAAGGACCAGUCUGUUCUGGAGCUCUUCUUCCAUACCAGCGAGGACCAGGGGGCGGCCAACUUCCUGAUCUUCUCCCUACUGAUCCCCUUCAUCCACCGGGAGGGCCUGGUGGGCCAGCAGGCCCGGGACGCCCUGCUCCUCAUCAUGUCACUGUCUGCAGAGAACCAGCGCGUGGCCCAGCACAUCGCAGAGAACACCUACUUUUGUCCGGUGCUGGCCACGGGGCUGAGCGGUCUCUACUCGUCUCUGCCCACCAAGCUGGAGGUGCCCAGUGAGGAGUGGCACUGCCUCCACAGAGAGGACUGGCUACAUAUGCCCACCCUGGUCCAGUUCCUCAACUCACUGGAGUUCUGCAAUGCAGUCAUUCAGGUGGCUCACCCCAGCAUCAGGGACCAGCUGGUCAGCUACAUCUACAAUGGCUUUCUGGUGCCUGUGUUGGCACCGGCCCUCCACAAGCUGACUCUGGAGGAGGUGAUGACUACCACGGCCUAUCUGGACCUGUUCGUGCGGUCGGUGUCAGAGCCGGUCCUGCUGCAGACCUUCCUCUCCUUCCUCCUCCUCCACCGCCACGAGAACGUCCACAUCCUGGACACGCUGGUCAGCCGCAUCAACACACCCUUCCAGCUGGGUACUGUGUCUCUGGCGCUGUUCCAGACUCUCAUUGGACUGUACUGUGAGGAUGUGAUGCUGCAGCUCAUCUUGAGGUACCUGAUCCCCUGUAAUCACAUGAUGCUGAGCCAGAGACGCGUGGUGAAGGAGAGAGAUUUCUACUCUGUGUCGGCCGCUAAGAUCCUGGCGCUCACACCCUCCUGCUGCUCCCCCGAACACAGCCCCCCACCCCUCAGACAGCUGGACUCCAUCCUCUGGUCAAAGGGUACAGACAACAGUCCUAACACUGGCACCAUGGAGACCGUGGAUACCUUUUUGGAGGAGGAUGGCUCGAGUUACUCCUGUGUCAUCGGCUCUGAGAUCUACUUGGACGUCAACUACCUGCACUACCUUUACAACGCCCGCCUGGGCAUCAGCAGCUGCACCCGGGCCUGCCAGGUGUGGUCGGCCCCCUACGACGGAGAGGACCCCCCUCCAGAGGAGUACCAACCCAGUGCCCUGGAGGAGGCUGGGGCCAGGGGACGCCAAGCCCAGACGGUCAACCCCAAGAGGUCACAUCCACAUCCACGGCCUCGUCCCCCCUGCCCGCCCCAGACCACAGACCCAGUCCCUACUAAUCAACUAGAGCUGGAGUGGGACGAUAGUUAUGAUGCCGGUCCGGUGGUGUCUCCCGAGGCUGCUGCUGCUGAGAGUAGUAGACCUCCACAGCCGACUGCAGCCGAGCCGCCCAAACACAUCCAAGAGAUGAGGAGGACUGCCAUCAUGCUGGUUAAGGGUUCCUACAUCGAGGAGUCCGACUUCCAGGAUGAUGUCAUGGUCUACGACCUUGUGGCAAAGAAGGACUCCCGCGAUACUGUGGAUCGCCGCAGACCGAGCAGGGAGACACUACCGGAAUCGGAGGAAUCUGAAAUGGACUUUAACCUUGAGGAGGACCAUUUCAAAGAAUCCAGUCUGCAAGAGAAGGAUGAGGUCUCCCUCAGCAAUGGCCUGAGUCUUCCCCUCCAUCCCACCAACAUGGAGGUCAACAGCUCGGAGGUCACAAAGGGGUCAAAGGAGGUCAAAGCUCAUGUUGCGGACCACAACUCCAACCUCCAGAGCCCCUCGGCUACUGAGGUGGGGGACGACCUCAUGGAUCAGUAUGAGGAGCUGAUUCGUACGCUGGGCAGCGACGCGGCCGGGACUGGGGGGAGCAGCCCUGUGAAAACGGUGGACAAAGAGUUCCGGAAUCCUGUUGUCACCCCCAUGGAGGAGGACGAGGUGGACUUCAGCUCCUUCUCUAUGGAUACGCCAGAGCUGGAGAAGCAGCACUCGUCCCUGUUUGACACCAAGCUCCGCAGUGGGAGCACUAGGAGCCAUUCGGUGCCUUUUACAGGGCCAUUUGUUAGUGUGCUGUUGUCACGUCUGGAGAACAUGCUGGAUAACUCUCUCCAUGUCAACCUCCUGCUGACUGGUAUACUGGCCCAGCUGGCUGCCUACCCCCAGCCCCUGCUGCAAUCCUUCCUCCUCAACACCAACAUGGUGUUCCAGCCCAGCGUGCGCUCACUCUAUCAGGUACUAGCCUCCCUUAAGAACCAGAUCGAGCAGCAGGCCUCGACCAAGAAGGACUUCCCAGAGCUGAUCACCUCCGCCCAGCACUGCCUCCUGGCCAGGGAGAGUUCACUCAAGGGUCAAGAUACAAACUGCGGAGACAGCCGAGAAUGUUCCCCCCUGGAGGCAGGAAGGAUGAUGAAGAGCUCUCCUCCUCCCCAGCCCAAGACCAUUUCCCUGGCCAGGACCGAGGUCUUCGCUACCGUCCUCUUCACAGAGUUCCUCAAAGAACUGGCGGCCAUUGCGCAGGAGCACUCGAUACUAUCGCACGUACCUAUGGAGGAAUAACGAUAUAAUAACAUUGUAAUAAUAAUGUUUUACUAAUGUUAUGGUAGCAUUCUCUCAUAGGGAAGGAGUGAGUGUCUGUCCCUGACCUGUUGUGUCCACUCGGGUCAUUUUUAACGUUUUAAAAAGACCCUUUGAAAGUUUUUCAUGUUUUCCAACACUACUUGAUGAAGAAGACUAUACCUCUUGGAUUGAUUCACUCAUCUUUUAUCUCUCUCCCUGAGGUAGUUUUUAAAUUGGGUUAUAUAUAUAUAUAUUUGAGGCUAAUAUAUUUUUCCAAACCAAUAUAUAAAAAUGGCGGGCUCUGAUGUACAGUAACACAUAACUUACAGGAAUCUCUCACCCAUUUGAUGCAUUUGCCAUUGAUACCCUCAGACACACUCAUAUGCAUAUGGUUCUGCCCUCAGAGAGUUGUAUGCAUAGGCCUAUGUCACAUCCAAGGAGCAGGUCAUGUGAUUUAUAAUGACUGGAAAUUGCUGACCUACUUCAAGCCUUUGGUGGAACCCCUGCACCAACCAAUAAGAAUUCUGAAAUGGAAGCUUGGGGCUAAUCGACCAAAGACUGAAUAGAAUGGAACCGGCUGAAUGGAACAAUGGGAAGUUAAUGAUACACAAAGGACACAUCACCUGUCCCUUCAGGCUUUUAGACUUACAAUAUUGCAUUCAUACCCUGGCAGCAACACCCUCUCCAGUGACCAGCUCUAGUUGUCUUGUAGUGAUGGCCACCGUACAAUAGGGACUUAUACGUGGCCUUACCGAAAUCUCUGGUGGUGCCGUGGUGUCACCCUGGGGUUGCAUGCUGUACUGGAAAUAAUCAAGAGCCUGUUUUGUCAGGAUCUCUCCCUGCGGAGUAUUCAUCACUAAUCAAAUGUUAUUUGUCACAUGCUUCGUAAACAACAGGUGUAGACUAACAGUGAAAUGCUUACUUACGGGCCCUUCCCAACAAUGUAGAGAGAAAGAAAAUAGAGAAAUAGUGGGAAAGUAAUAAUAAAUCCACAAUGAGUAACGCUAACUUGGCUGUGAACACGGGGUACCAGUGACAAGCACCCUAGCAGCACCGCUCUAAACUACUGGUUAGCGCGUUAGAAGUGGGAUGCUAGUGGGAGUCCCAAUCAUCUCAUACUUACUUUCUGAGUUGGUGUAGACCAUGGCAUUCCCUAAUGUUAUGUAUGUGGUGGUCGUUGUUGUUCAAAACGCUUGACUGAAGGAGAGGCCUAGUAACUUAGACGAUCAGGCUCACUGUACACAACAAGUUUGUGUGUCGCUAAAUACCUUAAAUCAAAGACUUUCUUUGUUCAAUAGACCUAUUUCAAUUAUGUAAUGUUUUCAAUGCACAUUAGAUAUUCAAGUUAGAAGUUGUUUUUUUAAAUUUUGGGGUGUACUUAAGGACACUGGGUUCUUCUGCCGUCAGUUCUCAAUGCUGCGGCUAACUCCAUUUUCCCAUGGUGCACCAGGUCCUGUCCACUGAAUGCACGUUAUUUAUAAUGAUAUCUCUCUAAAAGGAGCUUUCCAUAUCAGGGUGAUGCACUUAAUGUUGGCAUCCAAAACAACACCUUAUUUCCUAUGUAGUGCACUACUUCUGACCGUAUAAAUCAAGAGUAGUGCACUAUAUGGGGUAAUGGGUGCCGUUUGGGAAGCCCUCAAUGUCUUAGCCUUAUUUUAGUACUUUUUGUAUAUAAUUGGGAAAAAUAAUCAAAGAAGCAGCACACUAUGCAAAUCAUUAUUGAUAUUUGAGGUAUGAGAGUACUUUAUUACAUUUGUUUCCUGAUGGGGUUGGGUAUUUAAUACAGAAUGUACUUAAUGUCACAAUAAUGGAACUGUUUUGUAGAGAGGUUCUAUUGCCAUAUUUUUUCACAGAAGUUGUAACUUCUGUCUUCUCGUUGCUCUAUUAGGGUAUGCAUGUUUCUUGUAUGUUUUUAUGAGUCAAGUUGGGAAAAUUGGAAUACAUCACUGUUGGUUGGUUCAAUAAUGAUUUGGCACAUUCAUUUUAGCAUUGAGUGUUGGCCAACUCUCACAGGAAGACAUGGGUAGCCUGAAAUCCAAGCUGAUAUGCUCCAUUUCACCAAUGUUUAAGUUUGAAUUCCAGACUAAGACAUGGUCUACCAUUAGCAACAAAUAAAUAGCCUUGAUUUUAAUUGACUUACUUUUAUUUAAGGUUUUGAUUUCAACCAAGGAGACAUUUUGUUACAAUGCCUGUCCCUAUUAAAUCAGUAUGUUAGGAAAGAACUACUUGGUGCCUGAAUUUUGAAUGAAGUUCCUCCUGUUGCUUACAGUGUCUACUCUGGGCUAAGCAUGGUCCUGUUCAGUAGGCAUAAAAGUGAGCUUAUCCAUUUAGAAAUGCUCUUUGUCGUUUUCUGUUGCAAAACUUUUUCCUAUGGUGCAUCCUAACGAACAUGACCCAGAGGAUGAAUGUGGAUACAGCUGCAAAGUCAAGAAUAUACCACUGUCUGCUCGAACUAGUCCACAAAUUGGACCGAUGGACAGUUAUGGAAUGCAUCAUUUCUCGCCAUUGCUAAAUUUGGUGAUGUACUCCAUAUUUUCUUGUAGUAGAAUGUUGUGUGGAGCACAUUUAUUUCAACCAAAUUUAGAGGCACAGUUCUCUUCAGUUGCGUAGAGGUUUCAUUCCAAAGAGAAGUAGUCUAGUUUCUCCCUUUCUACAACUAUUAGCAUCCAUUUUAGAUGUCAGCGAUGACCUUGUCAGGUUACUCCAGUGUGUAUUCUUCUGUCAUUAAAGUCAGAGGUUCCAAGGAAUGAUUACUUUAAUAAAGACAUGUAUUAGUGUA